GCUUGAUGGGAGCCAGGAGCUGGGAGCCCCUGCCUCUCUCCGAAGCCAUGACUUGUGGACCUGCUCACCCCUGGUUCCCGAGUGCCGUCUUUGGGACCCAGUCCAUACGUUCCUGACCCCUGUUGUACCACAGUGGCCAUUCUAUAACCCGGACACAAUGUUUGUGCGAGGAUUAAAGAGAAAAUGUUUUGAUGGUGAAGAAGAUAUUGAAGGAACUCUGGCUGGUAUUAAGGCUAUUCCUUCAUAUAAUCUUCAGCGGCAGUCACUUUUAGAUAUGUCCUUGGUUAAACUUCAGCUGUGUCACAUGCUGGUUGAACCUAACCUUUGUCGUUCGGUACUUAUAGCCAACACGGUACGGCAGAUCCAAGAGGAAAUGACUCAAGAUGGGACUUGGCAGAUGAUAAAUACACAGAGUACAGGGCAGGCAUCCCUGGAUCGUCUCGUUUCAACAGACAUCCUCUGUCGUUCAUCUAGGGAACAAGCUGAGGGAAAGCAUGUUCCAGGCUAUAGUACUUUCAAUAAAGACUUUGAGGGUGACCAGGCACAAGAUAGUUCAGAAACUAUGUCAACAGCCUCUUCAGUGCAAGCUCCGAGAAACCUGCAGAGCAGUGUGUGGGAAAUGGAGAAUCCACAAGAAAAUAAAGGAAACUUUCAAAAAUCAUUAGAUCAAAUAUUUGAGACACUGGAGAACAAAAGUCCUAAUUCUGUUGAAGAUCUGUUUUCAGAAGUUGACAAUUCGUAUUAUGAUCUUGAUACUAUGUUAACAGGCAUGAUGAGUACCACAAAAAUGGGACACUGUGAUGGGCUUGAAACGUUCUCUGCUCCAACAACUACAACUUCUAACUCUAAUUGUAAAUCUGAUCUUAAUGAGCUUGAUCAUAUUGUGGAAAUCCUUGUAGAAUCCUGAAACUCCUUGUGUAGGAGAUAAAGAUCUGUUAAUGGGAAAAAAAAGACUUGAGAAAGCUAUUUCCACAGUUUGUUCUAUCAAAUCUGCACAAAUAUCUAUAUAUUAUAUAGAUAUAUAUAUUAAAAAAGCACUUCAUAUUGCAAAAUAGUGUUAACUCUUAAAGUUAACCUGCAACUUGUAGUGUAAUAAUCCAUGUCCAUUGAACUGUAAGUACAUACGGUAAAUGUUUUUAAGUUUGGGGUCCAAGGCUCUGGAAACUGGGUUCCUUUUACCCAUUUGUUUUAGCCUUUGAUGGAGGAUCUGCUCAGUGAGAGGGAUUCUCUCAUCUUUUUCUUAUACUUCUCCUAGUAAAAAUGGUAAUAAACAUAGAGAGAAGUUGGAUAACUGGUUUCCUAUUUUCCUCCGGUUUCUACUCUGUUACACCACAGAACUCCUACCAUAUCUGCUGCUUCUGUUCUAAGUCGCUACAUGGCUCUUAAAGAGCAGUAUGCAAUAGUUCCUGUUAUCCUAGCUAGCUUAUUCUGUUUUUUGCUACAAUUUUUACUUCAAAAAUAGUUUUAAAGUGUUUAUUGGUGUUUAGAUUUUUCCAGGUAUUUUCCUAAAAUAUAUUUUUACUACAGAUGUUAUGUCAGCUGCUAACUUAGUAACUUUUGAUCAUAUCUGCAGUUGAUGUAUUUUUUUGAAAAAUUUUCAAAAAGGGAUGUUUUUUACUGUGAGCUACCCAAUGUAGUUCAGUAAAGUGUAUGUAAAUGUAAAUAUACGAUUUUAUACUUUACAUUAAAAUGUAAGAGCUGUUUUCAUGAUUUUGUUUUAUAGAGUAGUACUUUACUAAAUUGAGAAUUGUACAAUUAUGCUUUUCAUACCCCGUAUACUUGAGUAUCAUUAGAGGAAGAGCUUUGAUCCAGCUAGAUACAAUUACAUUUAAUUCAUUUCAGACCAUAUUUUUUGUUAACUACAAACCUAAAUUACGUAGGUUUUUAUUUAUGUGUAUUUAUAUGUAAAUGUCAUCAAGUGAAUUGUUUAUCACUGAAGUCUACCAUCAAAUAUUUGUUUAUAUGGGAUAACUAUCUUGCACUAAUUACUACAAAAAGUGUUAUUAGCGGCCUUUAAAUCUCAACUGGUAUGUCAUGAUGUCUUGUCAUAAUUA